GUCGCUGAGUUGGACACACCUGAUCCUCAGGGGGUGGGGCAUACCAAAGGAGUGACGGCCCCUCCCUAGAGGGGACGACCCAGCUCAGGGUGAUUCCAGGGCCCCACGACAUCCAGGGUCCCUCCCUAGGACACCCCUUUCCUCAUUCUGGAAGGAGCCAUCACCUGGGGCCCACUGACAUCUGGGACAGAGCUGGCUGACCACAYAGGGUCAGUGCAUGGCUAGGAGAGAGAGCUGCCUGUCUGGCAGGGAGUGACCCUAGUGACUCAGCCAGGCAGAGGCAGGACACAGACUGAGCCACUGUCCUGUGGAGUAGCCACCAGUACUGAUCUGAAGGAGAGUUCUGGAGGGUCCUGCUUGCCAUGGAGGGAGGGGCCACAGCCUUCUGGCCAGGGUGACCCGGUGGCUGUUGGUGCCACAGAGGCCAGACACAGGCUUUGUCCCCUGAAGGCCUGGGCGGGGCCUCAGCCAGCUGCGGGGUGCUCUGCCUGAGUCUGUUCUGACAGUUCUGGACGCAGUGGCCACCACCCUGGUCUCUGUGGGUCCCUGCCUGGUGCURUGCUGGGGCUUGGAGCCAUGCUGCCUGUGGGCUGUGUCCAGCACAGAGGGGUCAGCUGUGGUGCACAUGAGGGUGCUGCGGACCAGGUGGGGAGGAGGGCACCUGCUGGAGCUCCUCCCCCGUUCUGUUGACUCCUUGCUGAGCUCCAGGCAUGCCUGAGCUGGACCGCCUCCCCAGAGCCUGUGGGCUCAGAGCUCUCUGGCCAUACCUGCCUGUCAGGGGAUGGGAAGUUCCUGGAAAGUUCUUCCCAGGGUCGGGGAGACUUCUACCUCUCUGCCCCAGGCCAUGCCAACCAAGCCCAUCCCUUCCCCCUKCGGGCCUUAGGGGCAGAGCGGCCCUCAGAUCCCCACUCCCUCUGCACUGCACAUUCUGCCCCUGGGCAUGUGCCACAGACCCUUGUCCCCCUGCMGCCCGGGUAUAAAGUGGUCCAUGGCUCCGGUGGGCCCCAGUCCCAGGGCCCCGCCUGUCUUUGCUCCAGUGGUACCCAGGGCCCCUCCAUAUAACUCGCCAGCCCUGGUCAGCCCCGUAUGCUGCAGUGGUGCGAAGACCCUGCCAAUCUCAACAUAGUGUCUGUCUGGGUGGCUGCAGGCUCUGCUCUUGGCUGUGGAGACAGUUCUGAGAGCAGGUCCCUCUGCCCUGCCACCUGGGUCAGCAGACCAGGUCCUGCCCACUCCCAUCACUUGACAGGAUGAGCAGAGUCCAGAGCAGGCUGGACCCUAUCACCUGAAUUUGGGGUCAGAAGUGCCCUCUCCCCUAGCUGGGCCUCCCCCGCUGAGGAGUCCUGGACUCUAGCAGAGUGGAGCCAGGACCCUGUCUCUUCCGGCUCCUAACAGGCCACCAGGCAGGGCCCUUGCUCUGAGCUCCUUUACAGGUGGGGAACCGAGGCCCAGAGAAGUGAAGAGUGACAGUAACGCCUCUUUGGAGCCUCGCAGCUCUUGCCACAGGCCCCCCUGGUAACAGGGCCUGCUCUCCUGCCUCACCCCCAUGGAGAAGGUAUUGGACCUGGGAGUUUCACUCCAGGCCCCUCCUCUAGGCAAGGCCUGGAGCCCUUUCCCCUGGAGGUCUGGCCCCCAGCUCGUUGCAGGUGUGCAGUGACCUGGCUUCCUGCAUUUGCCUCUCCCCUUAAUGGGGCUCUUUGCCUAUUACCAGGCUCCCCAACGUCUCCGUGUUUCUCUGCCCCGGAGGACCACCCCUGUGGGGUCACAGGCUGGCAGAGUGAAGGCCAGGCCAGAGGCCCACAGAGGCCACCCUGUGCUUAGUGUGUGCAAGAGCCAGAAGGGGAUGCCUGAGGCCAGACCUUGCCAUGGACCCCGGGGUUAUGCAGGAAGGGGCCAAGGGAACUGGGCAGUGAACGCAUAUGUGGUGGGCAGAGGGCCAGCCUGUGUCCCUGCAGUGAGUUGGCCAGGCUGCUGGUUCCUUAGGCUCCAGGGGGUCACCUGGCCUGCAGCCCAGUUCAUCCUAGGUGGCUGCUUUGUCCCCAGGGCGGCCCUGGCCUCUGGAGGGUGCAGGUGCUGGCUCGGCCUCUGCCAACACUGCCCAACAGUCCGGUCUAAAGGUCCAGCUCCCACACAUUACUGUGUGCCCACCUCACUCCGAGAUCUGACUCUCCGCCUGCCCAAUGGUGGCCUGGGACUGCCCCAGGCCCGCAGCUGUCCUGCUUCCCUGCUCAGUUGUUUGGGGCCUGCAGUCAGAGUGUGCCCUGGUGGACCAGGGGCACCCAUGGCACCCAGUGCCUCUGGCCUUAGGCCACACCCACCGUGUAUCUUUGCCUUGCAGGUCCUGCUCUCUGCUGGGCUGCUGGUGCCCAACCCACCCACAGCCCCCGCAUUCACCAUGAGCAGMCCCACCUCCACUGCAUGGCUCUGGGCCUCUGGGGACCGUGGCACCCUCUGCUCGCUGCCCCUUGCUCCCUCCAGGCCAGGUCUUUCUGAGCCAGGCUGUCCUGCUCUGUCACAGCCUGGGGCACCAGCUGCCUCUGGUGCUGGGGCUCCUGCUCUCUUCCCCGGGCAGGGACAUGCAGGGCGUCCCAGGAGCCCCUCGGUACCUCCACCUGCCUCCCUCUUUCCAUGUCCCUGUGUUUCCUUCUCCGUUGCUUGACCAGCCUCCCAGCCCAGCUGCCCCCUCGGGCGGGCUCACUGAGAGGUCUCCUGGCUGCACCCCAGCGCUGGCCUGYCCUUGCUCUCUGGAUCCUCCCUCCGUCCCACAGAGCCUUCCCGUGGUUGCGGGGGCUCCCUGCCCAGGACUGCUGCACAACGUCCCUCCUGCAGUGAGCAAAGGCACUGGGAUGCCGAUUGUCUGGCUGUGGGGGCUUUGACCUGGUUAGCACUGUGAACUCAGGCCCCUUUGCCCUGGCUCCUGCUGGGGCACUCUCUAGGUAGGGCUGGCAGGCUGGGGCCGUGUGGAGAGCUGGCUGUGUGUGUUGGGCCGUGGGACCCCAGGGUCUCCCCCGUGUGUCCUGAGGUGAGCGGUGCUGGUCAGAGCAGACAUCCCAGGCACUGAGGGGCCUGUCCUGGGGUUUGAGGGCACUCUGGAGCUUUUCCCAAGGGAGUUAUUGGAAACAGUUUGCUUUGGUCCCCAGGCUGCUCCUGGGUGUCCUGGGAGAACAAGGGCCACAGCCUUGAGCAGGGAACACCAGGGGUUGCUUUCAGAAGCAGGUCUCUCCCACCACCUGUGGUCACUGAGCCACGGCAGAGGCCCUGGGAGUGGCACCCACCUCAGCACUGCCCUCAGCACACACCCACACAUGCCCACCCAUACCCACAGAGCCUCCCCUGCUGCCUCCAAGGAGGAGGUGCUGGCCACAGAGGGGUGUCAGUGUUCCCAGUCGGAACAGAGCGGGGGUGACCCAGAGCUGGGAAGGUAAGAGCCGGGUGGCCUAGGAGAAGRGCCCCAGAGAGGUGCCACAGGUGGUGAUACAGUAUGAAGGCUGGAGGGCUUCAAGGGAAGGUCAGCACCAGGACAGGGGGCAGCAGGAGCAAAGCUGGGGAAGUUGGGCCAUGUCCAGCCCCAGGCUUCGCUGGUGUGGGGGUGCGCAGGUGGCAGCCCCAGGCAGCAGGAGAUCAUGAGUGCAUGGCCCAGAGGGCACCCRGAAGGGGAGAGCACGCAGGCGCCAGGGUUGGGUCUCAGGCUGACSGAGCCUUGGGCUCCAGGGCAGCCGGCAGGGGCCGUGCAGCCCUCGGCUCCAGGAUGGGUAGGGGCAGAGUUGGGUGUCCAUGUUGCAGGGCCACAGCCUCCACACAUAGGGCCUGCAGGGCCUGGACCUAACCUCUCCACACCUCCCCAGCCCGCCAGCCCUACCUGGAGAGUGACCCCAGCAGAAGCCAGGCCCCCUGCACUGCAGGAGGAGCAGCAGUCAGCCAGGCCAUUCUGAAGUGGGAUCAGGCCUCAGUCCCUCUAUCUGUCCAGGAGGGAGAGAAGCCCAUCUUAAACUCCUGACCACCAGGGACCAAGACACUUUGAGUGACUGUCCAGCUGGGCAAGGGACAGUAGGUGGACAUCAGUGUUCACAGGGGCUUCAGAACUGAGGCUCCACCCCAGAGGGAGAAGGCCUUGGGAAGGGUCUAGAGGGACUGACCAUUCUAUGAUGUCCAGUCGACUCCUCAACACCCCUGACCCUGGGCCCCUGGCCUGGUCUCGAGUGUAGGUCACUACAGGCAGGUGCUCUGRGCCACCAUCAGCAUGCUCCUGAGAGCAGGGACUGUCUCCUCACCUGGCAGACRGUGGGAGGCACAUGGGGUGCUAGAGACGGCCACACCUCUGGGAGCAUCGUUCAUGCCAUAGCCAUGUGACAGCACCCCUGCAGUUGUGCAGUGCACAUUACAUGGGACCAUCUCUGGCCACCCACAGCAUGAUCCAGCCCAUUGGCCAUGCAAAUCRCUCCUCUCCCAGGGACAGUGGGCCUGGGCUUCUGAUCUGCCCGCAGGAGAUGCAGCGAGUAUCUUAGGUGAACAGAGCGCUCUGCAGAGCCUCCUGGAGGACCCUGCACCUGAAACUCAGGUACUUGGGUUCCAACAGGCCACAGCUGCCUCCUGCUCCCAGCAGCAGACAGAGCAGGGCAGCCACUGGGCAUCUGCAGAAAGGGGCCAGCUGGCUGGAUGGCAACCCAGGCUGCAGGCAAUGUUCUGAGACGCUCAGCCUGGCUCUUGUGUCCAUCAGUUACUCCUGAGUAGAAGGAGGGUCCGAAGGAGGGCUUGCCCCUGGGGCCCCGCACUGGGAGGGGCUGAGUAGAGACACAUGCUCCAUGCAGAUGGUGCCCACAACACCAUGUCCAGGGGCCUGGUGUCCACCUGACAUCAAGAUCCCAGUGGACCCCCAAGGAGGGGGACUGGGCAAGGGGCCCACCCAGGGCUGGCCCUAGUGUCUCRGUCCCUUCUCAAUCCCACCAACUGCCCCAGCUCCCUGGGCAGGUCAAAGCCAAGUCAGAGCUGCGGGCUGCGUUCCCUGUCCUGCACACGAGGGCCCUGCCUCUGCCCGGCCCCAGCCUGACUGAUGGAGGUGUCAGCAAGACACUUCUGCCCAUCUCUGACGCCCAGAGCUGCCCACGGCCAGGCCCAGUCCUCCCCCAGGGCUGGAGUGUGGGCCCCUUGAGAUGGCGUUCGCUCCCCUGGAGUGGGAACACUGAGCCCAGGGCAACGCGUGCUUGGCAGCUAGGCUCCCCUGGGCCACCGUGCUCAUUGUCCCACCUCCUCACAGCAGACCACAUGGCUGCCAAACUGGGCUGCAGCCCAGAGUGGCCUGUGCAGGGCAGGCCUGGAUGCCCCGACCCGCCUCGGGACUGGUGAGCCCACUGUGCCCAACCCUCCCUGGCCCCUUAUGCCCGGCUGUCCUUGGGUGCCUUUGUUCUGGGAAGCCCAAGCCAGAGGUGGGUCCUCUUGUUCCCAACCCCACCAAGUGCCCCAGAUGAGACCCUGCCUGGUGAGGGGAGGGGACACUACCCCACUACACUGGGCUCCACAUGCUGGGAGCCCCCAUGUGCAGAGGCCUGGCACUUGGUGUACUGGGCUGGCUGGUGCCCCUCAGGAGUGCCUGUGCCUCACGCCUGGGCCCUGCAGUGGGCACUGCCCUGGGUCAUCUGAUGCCAGCUGGCCCAGGACGCCUGUGCUAUUCCUGGGAACCUGUGUUUACCCCCAACACAGGCGGGCACACGUCAUCUCCAUGUCCUCGGACCAGCUGAAGAAGGCCAGGGAGACAGGGCACCGCCCAGGGUGUCUGGGCUCCCUGGCCUCUAGCCCUCGUGGCCUGCAGCCCUUGGCCAUCUCAUGUCCCUGGAGGCCAGCCAGCCCUCGGGGGAGGCCGUGUGUAGCAGAACUUGCCAGUCCUGACUGCGCCACAGAUUUGCCUUCUCUGGGGACCUUGGCUUCCCCAGCUGUCACAGGGACCUCCCUGCCUGCCCCCAAGUGGCAAGCACCCCAUUGUGAAGGUGGGGGACACUGUGCCUGCCAUUGGGGGCAGAGAAGCUGCGGAUCUGCCCAGUGCAUCAGGAGGAGCCGUGGCCACGGUGCUCAUGGGGAGAGGUGAGGGCCACUCUCCCUGCAGGUCUCRCCUGGGCGUCUGCUCGGCUGGGUUGUGAGGGUGGAGGACCUGAUGCCCCUCAGUCCCAUCAACUGGUUGCCCUCUAGCAAGGCAGAGAAGAUGGGGUGCAGCUGGGAGGCAAUCAGGGUCCCGCUCCUCGGGGCUGCAGUGCCACUUGGUGGCAGGAAGCAGGACGAGCCUGGAGCCUCCCUCCCAGCUGAUGCUCACCAGGCCCCUGCAGGUCUGAGCAGGUUCUCAAGAGGCACCAAAAGGUUCUCAAGUGCCUGUGCAGGGGACCUGCUUUGGGGGCAGCACACCAUCUCAGGAGAGUAUUCUGCCUGCCGGCAAAUAUGUCCAUGCAGGGUGGGCCUCCUGCCCGGGGUUCAGACAUACCCCUGUUGAACAGAGGUCUGCCAAGCCACCCAGUGUGGGUGACAGUCUGCCCAGACAUGGCAGAACUUUGAUUGCACUCCAUCCCAAUGGGGCCUCUUUGCAUCUGCAGCACCAGAGGCCUACCUCAUGAGGACCUGGGACAUGGGGUCAGGGGCGGAGCCUGGGCUGUGCUCCAGUGGCUGGUCAGUGGCAGGAGAGGGGCUGGAACCUGCCGCCUGGUCCUGCCUCCCCCCACCUGGUGCCCACCCCAGCCCCUCGGCCUGACACCGGGUACUUUCCAGGACAGGGCUCCUCUGAGUUGCUUCCCUUGUAUUCUCAGGUGGGAGAUGCUGGCCAGGGGGAGGGCCGCUGCUGAAGGGGACAGGUUGGGCCUGUUUUGAGAGGGCUGGGCCUUGGUCCUCACCAGAGGAAGCAGCACAUGGGGUGGCCUAGAAGCUGAGGCCUGUGCUGAGCCACCUCCUGGAGCCCCUGGGGCCAGCCUGGGCCAGAGCCUCUCCCACCUGGGAUGGCAAGCUGCCCAGCCUCUGAGGACAGGCYSGGUGGUCACCGGGAACACCUGGAGAGCGGGCUCUGUGGUCAGUGCAGAGGAAGGACGGCCCCCUGCAGAGGCUCAUCCCACGAGGGGCAGACGCAAAGGCCUGACUGUCCCAGGAACAGGGUCACCCACCCGCCCAGGCCCCUCCCCACGUGUCAGAGUGGCUGCUGUGCUAGGCUGCCCCAGUCCCACCGCCCGGGAGUCUCCUCACCUCACGGGGAUGGCGCUGGCCCUGGAGUGAGGUGGGGUGCUGGGMAGCCCCCAGGGUCAGUCCUCAACUCCUGCUCAGUCGUGUCUCUAU